AAAUUCGUGAACCAUGGAACCGGCAGUGGACAAGCUGGAAGCUUUGUUUCAGAAGGCGGAGUCAGACCUCAACUACAUCUCCCUCCGACUGGAAACUGAAUUUUCGCAGCAAUUUUCAGACAAUGGCCAAGAGCAGCUCAACCCCAUAAAGCUCCUACAAAGAAUGAACCAAGCUAAAGUGCAAUUUAAAAAUCUUGCAGAACAAGCAAGAGUGAUUCAUUCUCGACAACAGGAAAUACAAGCUUGUGUAAGGGACCAAAUGUUAGCAUGUCAGGAUCUUCUGCGUCAUUCACAAAAAUGUGCAGGCCUUGAGGUCAUGGAAAAAAGUGAUGAUGAGCAGUAUCUACAAACAUCAGUACCUUCUGUAAUCAGAAAAGAGACUGCUAGUUCUGAGCUGAGUACUGAUGAAGAAGACAAAGAAAAUAAAACUGAAGGCACAGAGAACAAAACCCAGCAAGAGUCUGAUACAAAACCUGUUAUUAGAGGGAAACAUGAGUUCAUUCCUGUUGAUGAGAGAGAAUUUUUAACAGUCUCAGAGCUUGUGAGAGGGCGGGCAAAACUUCAGGAUGUCAACAAGGUUUAUGAGGUUCUGUUUCAUCAUUUUAAGAAAAACAAACACAGCUCAAGUCUAACUCCCAAGGACAUGACAAAAAUGGGACUUAAGGUUACUGGAGCAACUGGAGAAGCUAAGUUGAAGGUAAUUGUAAUGAUUUACUUAGAACUCAUCUUGAGCAUCUACACUUCAUCAAUCCUGCACAGAGUUUUUUUUAAACACCUGCAAACAAGUCUUUAUGAAGAAUCAGAUAUGCAAAUGAGUCCCUCCCUCACUCACAAAGAUGUAGACUUUGUGGUACUUAGUUGUCCUGAACUAGCCAAAGCACAAAACCAUAGUAGAGUUGUAACUGUACAUAAGGCUAUAGAGAGGCUUUGUUACAGUUUGUACCAAGCAUCGUUGCUUUAAAUAUCACCUUCCAAGUGAAGAAUUUAUCAAGUUCAGACACAGAUCUAAUACUGUGAAUCGCCUCAACUGAUCUGAAGCAGAUUGAAAUGAAUGGUUUAGUAGACAGACAUUCACAUUAUAACAAGCAGAAACCAUUAACUGUUUUAAUGCAAUAGUUGAUCAACCUUAAUGCACAUGGUUG